UGUGACUGAUUUUAAAGCACUCUUUUGUUCAUGUGCGGAUUUUGAAUGUCGGCAUGCGCGACCAGUUUUAUCGAAGUUACUCGAUUUACUGUUUAGCAGGGUUGUAAGAAAUGUUCGUUCAAGAGAGAGAGAACGACGAGAACUGCCUUCUUAUUGCAAAGAUUGACAAUGUGAAGAAUAUCAACAGUAUUAUAAAAGCUCUGAAUUUCUCUCAGGAGGCAGUCUGUUUUUGCUCGGAAGAUGGCCUGAAAGUUACUGUGGAAAUAGCAAAAUGUGUUCAGGCCAGUGCUUUCAUUCAACUCGAUAUAUUUCAGGAAUAUUCUUUCAAUGCCGAGGAACAGCUUAUUUUUAAAAUCGAUUUCCAUACACUAGUUGAGUGUCUUAACAUGUUUGAGGCAUCAGGGAUGAGUGCAACUGUGGAUAUGCGUAUGCAGGGGCAAGGUCAACCACUACUGCUAAUGUUGGAGGAGGAUGGGGUGAUCUUAGACAGCAGUAUUAGAACUCAAGACCCAGGAGAGAUUGCUGAUUUUUCUUUUGGUGAUGACAGUGUUAUCAACAAGAUAAUCUUAAGAUCUGAGUUUUUAAAAGAAAUUUUAGAUGAAUUGGACACAACUAGUGAAUUUAUAGGAAUAGAAUUGUCUGGCAGUUAUCCUUUCUUCCGAUUUUUUAUGUCUAGUCGUCUGGGAGAAAGUGAGUAUCAAAUUGAGAAAACAAGUGAUAUGAUAGAGCAUUUUGAUUGCAAAGUAAGAACAGCAUUCAGAUAUCGUUCAGAACACCUGAAGCAUACCAUUAAAGCUAUUGCUGUGUCUCAGAAAGUAUCCUUGCGUAUGGAUGAAAAGGGACUGCUAUGCUUUCAGUGCAUGAUGAAAAUGGAUGAUGGACAGAUAUGCUUUGUUGAGUUCUUUUGCAUACAAGCUACAAAUGAGGAUGGUGGUUUAGCUGUAAUUGAACCUGCCGAUGAAUACACACUCCCAGAACCUUUCUGAUGUUUUGAUUUAACACUCCAUUUAUCUUAUCAUGAAAUUAUAAUGAAAUUAUGAUGAAAUUAUUUACCACUAAAUUAUUAUCACUAUUUUAAGGGAAAAUAAAUUUUUAUAAAAAAAUGACA